UCUCUCAUCCCCCACGUUGCUGGGGUGGGGCCAAGCCCCCCUCGAAGCGCCAGGCAAGUCCCCACAGACAUCGGUUUCUCGUGUCGUGAGGGGAGCCUGUCGUGAGGCGGAUGCUCUGACGCCCGCGCGACCCCCAGCCACAGACCUCGAGGCCGCUGCGGGCGAACACGCGGGCGGGGCGGGGCGGCGGUCGGAGCGGGGCGGGGCGCGCGGACACCCUCGCCGCGCCCGGCCUGCCUUUGCCAUGGCCGCCGGCCCCGCGCCCCACGGCGGGCAGCCCCCCGCGCAGAGGCCGCAUCUGAGCAAGAUGGAGAGGAUGGUCGUGACCAUGCAGGACCCCGACCAGGGCGUGACGAUGCGGAGCCAGCGCCUGCUCGUCACCGUCAUCCCGCACGCGGUGAACGGCAGCGACAUCGUGGAGUGGCUGAUCCAGAAGUACUCCAUCGCGGAGGACGGUAAGGGGCCGCCGGUGCUCUUCCUGCGCCCCCCGCGGCUCCGGGGUCGGGCGGGGCCAAGCCCUGCCAAGCCCUGGCUCCUCCCGACCCUGAGACCACCGCCUGACUUCCCAGAGGCCCUGCACCUGGGCAGCCUCCUCGUGCAGCACGGCUACCUCUACCCGCUGCGCGACCCUCGCCGCCUCGAGCUCCGGCCGGAUGAGACGCCCUAUAGAUUCCAGACGCCCUAUUUCUGGACGAGCACCCUGUGGCCAGCCGCCGAGCUGGACUAUGCCAUCUACCUGGCCAAGAAGAACAUCCGAAAGCAGGGCGCCCUGGUGGACCAUGAGAAGGAGCACUACCACCAGCUGCACAGGAAGAUCAACCACGCGUGGGACCUGGUGAUGAUGCAGGCCCGGGAGCAGCUGCGGGCAGCUAAGCAGCGCAGAAAGGGGGACCGGUUGGUGAUCGCGUGCCAGGAGCAGACGUACUGGCUGGUGAACAGGCCCCCGCCAGGGGCCCCCAGCGUGCUGGAGCAGGGACCAGGGCGGGGCCCCUGCAUGGCCGGGCGAGUGCCAAAGACCGUGGAUUUCUACAGGCGGGAGGUCGAGUGCUUGCGCAGGGCACUGGGCCGAGCCCGCGUGAAGUCCUCCACCUGCCUCGAGGCGUACCUGAAGUUUAGCAGCCAGCAUGGGCCACACGACCCCAUCAUGUCGGGGUGCCUGCCCAGCAACCCCUGGGUCACAGACGAUGAUGCCUACUGGGCCAUGAAUGCACCCAGCGCGGCCAUGCCCACCAGGCUCCGCGUGGAGCAGUGGGCCUUCAGCUUCCGGGAGCUCCUGGAAGACCCCGUGGGACGGGCCCACUUCAUGGACUUUCUCGGGAAAGAGUUCAGUGCCGAGAACCUCAGCUUCUGGGAGGCCUGUGAGGAGCUGCGCCACGGAGGCCAGGCCCGGGUCCCCGCCCUGGUGGACGCAGUGUACCAGCAGUUCCUGGCCCCCGGCGCCGCCCGCUGGGUCAACAUCGACAGCCGGACGAUGGAGCAGACGCUGGCGGGCCUGAGCCAGCCCCACCGCCACGUGCUGGACGACGCCCAGCGGCACAUCUACCUGCUGAUGAAGAAGGACUCCUACCCGCGCUUCUUGAAGUCAGACUUGUACAGAGACCUGCUGGCGGAGGCUGUGGUGCCCCUGGAGACCAAGCGUCGGGUGUUCCCGUUCUCGCGGAAGCCCCGGCACUCCAGCCCCAGCCCUGCUCUUCUUCCUGCCUCUGCCUCUGGGGAGCCCGUGGGUGGGGAUGGUAAUGGGGAGACCUAGGGGGCCCUGGGGGAGGGGGCACCAUCUGGCCCUCGUCAGCUGCUCUCUCCUGGGGCCCUGGCAGCUGCUGAGACCCGCCGUGCAGGCGUCCCUGCGGGCCCUGAGUGCCUGGCCUUGCAGCAGCGUCCUGUUCCCUUGUCACACCCUCCCUGGGCGGGGGCUGAUUCCCAGGGCAGGGGUGCCCUGCGCUGAGAGGAGGUGGUAGCUCCUGGCGUCCUGUGCUGGCGCCCACCCGGCCAGAGACUCUGGGCACAGUCAGGUGGUCGCCAGCAGGGGGCGCCAGCCUGCAGGGGGACCUGCCCUCUCGCUGGGCCGCGGCCUCCCUGCCUCCACGGCUUCUCCCCCCUGGCUCCAGCUUCUCCAGCUUCGCUGCUCCUUUGACAGCCGGGCCUGGUUCACGGCCAGGGCGGCAGAGCUUUUGGGGAAAGACACCCGGGCCCCCACCAGGAGGGCCCCCCAGACUCGGGGUGAAGGUCCAGCUGCUCCUUGGAGGGGCAGUGCCACCGCCCUCAGGGCGGCCCACACCCUCCCGCCUCCGGCACAGAAAUAAAGGCCUCCGGGCCCUCACUCUGA